AUGAACAAGCUUAAACCAAAGUUUUUGGCUUUUUAUCGAGCUCAAGUUUCUCAAAGGUUGAGCAUCCCAAAGCUUGGCUUGGCUCGGCUUGUUUGCAGCCCUAAUUGUCAAUAUAUCCAUUGCUGUGUAUUACUCAUUUGUAUAUAUUUCAGGCUUCUCCUCAGCAAGCUAGCCUCUGUCCAUUUGGAGGGUCUUACACAUCAGCAGAAGCUUGCAUUUUGGAUAAACAUUUACAAUUCCUGCACGAGGAAUGCAUUUCUAGAGCAGGGCAUACUCGAAACUCCUGAAAUGGUCGUAGCACUGAUGCAAAACGCAACGAUAACUGUGGGGGGACACUUGCUAAAUGCAAUUAUGACUGAGCAUUUUGUCUUGAGGUUGCCUUACCACUUGAAAUAUGUAAGUGGCAUUCUUCUCACAUUUUUCUGUAUUUACUUGUUUCUGUUUAUAUACUCAGAAGCGGCAUUUAUUCACCCAAAAAAGAAAGCAUGCAGUAUAUUCGGAUUGGAGUGGUCUGAACCCUUGAUUACAUUCGCACUUUCCUGUGGAAGUUCGUCCUCCCCAGCUGUAAGUUUGUCACACAUUUAGGAUAAGUUUGAUGAUUAAAAAAGUCAAUUUUGUUAACUGUUCAACAAAAUUUUCAUGACUAGAUUCAACAGUAAA